GAUAACGCCCGUUCGAGAGUAAAGUGAAAAUUACGACACCGAGCACACGAGGACCUCAGUCUACGCAGUGCUCAAGUUCCAGCAACAUCGCUCCGGAGGCAAUUUCUUAAUCGCGCCAAGAUGGAUAACUUUACGCUGUUACUUUCGUUGGCGGCGGUUUUAACAGCGAUCUACUACUACGUCUUCAAGAAUCUGAGCUACUUCAAAAGGAACAAGAUCCUGCAUAAACCCCCGGUGCCAUUCUUCGGAAAUAUGGUACCAUUUCUACUCAGAAGAAAGACGAUGGUGGACACGUUGCAAGAAAUCUACGACUUGAACGGCGACGCUAAGUACGUCGGUUUCUACGAGUUCACCACGCCGAUCAUCCUCCUUCGGGACGCGGACCUCAUCAAGUCGAUCACCAUAAAGAACUUCACUUCGUUCACUAACCAUCAAGCGAUCGUUGAGAAGGAUCUCGAACCGGUGCUGGGCAACAUGCUGUUCACCCUGCCCGGCGAGAAGUGGAAGGACAUGAGAGUCCAGCUGACGCCGACCUUCACCUCCAGCAAGAUCAAGAUGAUGUUCAUGCUGAUGUCGCACGUCGCGGUGAAUUUCUCUCACUACCUCGCCAACCUGCCGGAGAAGGAACGAGAACUAGAGCUGAAAGAGGUGCUCACGAAGUAUACCAGUGACGUGAUCGCCAGUUGCGUGUUCGGGAUCAACGUGGACACCAUCAAGGACCCCAAGAACCCGAUUUACGUGAAGGGCAAGAAGGCCACCGAUUUCAAUGGGUUCGAAACCAGCAUGAAGUUCAUGCUGCAAAAGAACUUACCUUGGAUAGCGAAGCUGUUCUCCAUUACAGUGUUGGACCAUGGGAUCCAGGGCUAUUUCACGGACACGAUAAGGAACACCGUGAAACAAAGGCUGGAGCAAGGUAUCCAUAGGCCGGACAUGCUUCAGAAUAUGAUAGACAUGAGUAAGAACAACAAGUCCGAGAAGCCGCUGACUAUGGAGGAUAUAGUCUGCAACGCCUUCAGCUUCUUCUUCGGCGGUUACAACUCGGUAGCCUCGCAAGCUUGCUCGAUCAUUCAUGACCUGGUGGAGCAUCCGGAUAUCCAGAAGAGGCUGCAGGAGGAGAUCGACGAGGUGCUCGAGAACACGCAGGGCAAGGUCACCUACGACGCUAUAAUAAACAUGGAGUACAUGGACGCGGUGAUGAACGAGUCGAUGAGGGUGCACCCGUCGCCCAUCUUCAUAGACCGGAAAUGCAGCAAGGACUUCGAGCUGCCGCCAGCGUUGCCAGGCGGUGAACCGGUCACCGUGAAAGCUGGAACGAUCUUCUGGGUGGCGGUUCACUCGAUUCAUCACGAUCCGAGGUACUUCGAAAACCCGCAUCACUUCGAUCCUGAACGAUUCCUCCAAGAUGGCAAGAGGAUCAUGAAUUCCGGCGCCUUUGUGCCGUUCGGGCUGGGACCGAGGAUGUGUAUUGGCACCAGGUUUGCGCUGACGGAGAUCAAGGUACUGCUGUUCUAUAUUUUCGCUCGUUCCAACGCGAAGGCUUGCUCGAAGACAACUAUACCGUUGGAGCUGUCGAAGGUCACGACGUUCAUUAAUACCGCCAGCAAAGGGUUCUGGGUAAAGAUGGAACCGCGAAAGAAUUGUAGUCAAUUUGUCGACUGUUUGGCGAGCAAUGGGAUACAUCAGGAAUGAAUUGAUGCGAACCGUGAAUUAUGGCGACGUUACUUUUGAGAUUCGUAUAUAAAUAUUAUAAUUAAUGUUACUAUUGUGUAUCAAUGGAGUGUAAGUAUCGAAAUUAUGUAAUAUCCUGCGAAUUUGUUGGAAAAAUGUACUUCUGCUUGAUCGAAUAAAUUGUUCAAAUGAAUAGUGAGGAUAGUUGUAACAUGUAAUUGGAUAGUUAUAAUAUGUAAAUACAUGAUUAAUGUGAAUUUUUAUAUUAUAUACAUUUUAUUAUUAUUAAAUUAUAUUUGGUACAGAGAAUGCAACAGUUUAUCGUUGUUAUCACUAUGUGUACGUAUCAAUCUCUGCUACACUGAUAAUAUUGUGCAACAUGUGCCUGUAGUAUCAGCAGUUAGUGAUGUAAGUUUGAAUCUCAUAACUGAUUAAUAGACAGUGUAUACACAUACUUCAAUUAAUGGUAAUUUAUAAUUCGUAAUCACCAGAAAUUUAGCUUGUAGAGUAAUGUUAACAUUAAUACAUUAAGGUAAUUAAACUGAAAAUAAUAGGAAUAUUAAUUCAUGAUUAUUUUAGACAGAAUAAAAUAAAAAAUCAAGAUAAUUAAAUGACAUAUCUCAAUUAGUUACAACAUGUAAAAUGUGUUCUUUUAUUAAAAAUGUUUGCUUAUUAGAAUACAAAAAAUUAAUAAUAUUAAAUCUCAUAUAAAAGUAAUAAUACUUCUCCGUAGACUCCUCAUAUUAAUUUUAUUGUUUAUAUUUACACAGAACUUUUAACGCAAUAAAACAUAAAAU